AAUAUGAUAACAUUAGGUUUGAAGAGGCUGUUAAGUUGUUAUCACAAUUUCGUGAAAACUUAUUAGAUUCACCAAAUUCAAAUCCUCCAAACUUCUUAAUAUUCAAAACUGCUCUCAGACUUAGUAGAGUAAAUCUGAAAAAAUUGGGACACAUAAACCAAUAUAUUGAACUAAUAAAAAACAACCCCAAAGAACUUGGGGAAUCAUUGGGAACUGUUAUUUGGCAUUCAAGACCUGAAAUACGUGAAAAAAAAAAAGAAUUAGAGGACCCACAAAAUCUAGAUCAAUAUUUUAAUGGAUUUCCUAUAUACAUACGACAUUCUUUUCACGUUGGUAUGUCAACCUUUACUGAAAAAGAGAUAGAACAUUUUGAGAAUACCUUUUCCUUACUAUGGAAUUUAUAUGGAAGAGAUUUUGAUGUUGCACAAGUUCAAGAAGAACUAUGGAAAAAUGUAGAAAUAGGAGCUCAACAAAAGAGACAAAAGUUAAAUGUUUUACAAGAAAAUAUUCAACAACAUUAUGGUCAAAAUUAUGCAAAUUCAUUAUAUUCCAAUUUAUUUCAAAACUAA